GGAGAAGGGCAUCGACAGUGUGAUGCUCAAACUAGAGGAAGGAGUUGACAUGAAAACUUACAUGGCCCUUUACACGUAUGGUUUGACCUCAAGGCAUACACUCCACCCAGAGUACUCACAGUUUUGGAUCUAGGGCGGUCCACAACUUUUGCACAUCACAGAAAGCUGUUGGCAGCGGCAACGGUUUACAAGCUCAUCGCGGCGGUCAGUUUUUUAUCCCUUCCACCCUCUGGUCAAAAUCUAUGUGGGCCAGCGCUGCAACGUAUAUUGACAUCACCGCUGCAGCCCAUUUACUCGGGGAGGAACUCUACAAACUACUAGGUGAAUACCUCUCACGCCACCUGGACGCUGUGUAUAGAGAAUCCGAGAGCCAUGCGGAGGAGGCGUUGUUGGGGUUCUAUAUUCGCGAGUGGCUUCGCUUCACCACUGCCGCCAAGUACAUCAAUCAUCUCUUCCGUUAUCUGAACAGACACUGGGUCAAACGCGAGAUUGACGAGGGAAAGAAGAAUGUCUACGAUGUUUACACGCUGCACCUGGUGAAGUGGAAGGACGACUUCUUCAUGAAGGUCCAUGAGAAGGUUAUGGAGGCUGUACUGAACCUGGUCGAAAAGCAGCGUAACGGCGAGACUAUUGAACAGUCACAGAUCAAGAGCAUUGUCGACUCGUUCGUUUCCCUUGGCCUUGACGAGACCGACAGCACCAGGUCAACGCUCGAGGUUUACCGCUACCACUUCGAGAAACCAUUUAUCUCUGCCACCAGAGUUUACUACGAAAAUGAGUCGCGGCAAUUUGUUACUGAGAACAGCGUGGUCGAGUACAUGAAGAAAGCAGAAGCCCGUUUGGAGGAAGAAAAGGCUCGUGUUGGCUUGUACUUGCACCCGGACAUUUCGAAACAUCUGACCGACACUUGUCUGGAUGUGCUGGUUACAGCUCACUCGGAACUUCUCCGAGAUGAAUUCCAGGUUCUGCUGGACAACGAGCGUCAAGAUGAUUUGGCUCGGAUGUAUAGACUUCUUUCUCGAAUUAAAGAGGGCCUGGAUCCUCUCCGGACUAAGUUUGAAGCUCAUGUGAGGAAGGCUGGCUUGGCCGCCGUGGAGAAGGUGGCCGCCGACGGAGAGACAUCGUUCGAACCUAAGAUGUACGUGGACGCAUUGUUACAGGUACAUACCAGGUACCAAAGCUUGGUCAGUGAGGCAUUUAACGGCGAAUCUGAAUUUGUCCGUUCUCUGGAUAAUGCUUGCCGCGAGUUUGUCAACCGCAACAAGAUCUGCAAGUCCGGAUCGACAAAGACACCCGAGUUGCUGGCGCGCUAUACCGAUUCGUUAUUGAAGAAGGGUUCUAAAGCUGCCGAGGAGUCUGAGUUGGAAGAAAUGUUGGUGCAGAUUAUGACUGUCUUUAAGUACAUCGAGGACAAGGACGUUUUCCAGAAGUUCUACUCCAAGAUGCUGGCCAAACGUCUAGUACACGUCAGCUCCGUGUCUGACGAUGCAGAAACCAGCAUGAUCAGCAAGCUCAAGGAGGCGUGCGGUUUCGAAUACACAAACAAGCUGCAGCGCAUGUUCCAAGACAUUCAGAUCUCGAAGGACCUGAACGCCAGCUACCGGGACUGGCAAGAGAAGGUGCUCGAUGAAGAUGAUCGGCGAAAGCUGGUCGACUCUCAUUUCCAGAUCCUCGGAACUGGAUUCUGGCCUCUCAAUGCCCCUACCACCGAUUUUCUUGCACCACCUGAAAUUGUCAAGACGUCUGAACGAUUCCAGAGCUUCUACUUUGACAAGCACAGUGGCAGAAAGCUGACAUGGCUUUGGCAGCUAUGCAAGGGUGAAAUUAAGGCAAACUACAUCAAGAACACCAAAGUACCCUACACGUUCCAAGUAUCCACAUUCCAGAUGGGAAUACUUUUACUCUUCAACGAGCACGACACCUUAAGCUACGAGGAUAUUCAAAAAGCCACUUCCCUUUCGCCUGAGAUCCUUGAUCCCAAUCUAAGCAUUUUCCUCAAGGCUAAAGUUCUGACCAUUAAUUCCGGAGGAACCAAGCCGGAACCUGGAACGACUUUCGCCCUGAACUACAAUUUCAAGAACAAAAAGAUCAAGGUCAACCUCAACAUUCAAAUAAAAUCGGAGCAGAAGGUUGAGUCGGAUGACACACACAAGACAAUUGAGGAGGAUCGUAAGCUCUUACUCCAGUCUGCGAUUGUCCGUAUCAUGAAGUCCCGUAAGAAAAUGAAGCACGUACAAUUGGUCCAAGAAGUGAUCCAACAAGUCAAAUCUCGCUUCCCUCCCAAGGUCCCCGACAUCAAGAAGAAUAUCGAGGCUCUGAUGGAGAAGGACUAUAUUGAGCGCUUGGAUGGGGACGAGAUUGCUUACAUUGCAUAAAGCUGGUGCCGCCAUCCUAUUCACAUCACCUGAUUAUCCAUUACCUCAUCGCAACUUUCUCUCAUACUCCCCGUGUGUCCUGUUAGCGCGGUAUCACUCAUGCCCUCACAUUUUGAUUUGAUUUAGGCCAGGUUUCAUCGAGCCAUGGAGGAAGGAGAUUUUUGUAGUUCUCUCAUAGCGCUGCUACCACAAAUGAUAAUCCAGAUUAUGCUUCUAGCUGG